GCGCUCUUCCUAAAUCUGGCCAAUCCGCGUUGAGGGUGCAUGUGCUUCGGCAGACCAGUGGACACACGCAGGAACUGAAGUAGGCUACAGUGGAAGCAAUGAAUUCCCUGGAACAGGCUGAAGACCUGAAGGCCUUUGAGAGGAGGCUAACGGAGUACGUUUCCUGCCUGCAGCCUGCUACGGGCCGCUGGAGAAUGAUCCUGAUCGUGGUGUCCGUGUGCACGGCCACCGGGGCCUGGAACUGGCUCAUCGACCCCGACACACAGAAGGUGUCAUUCUUCUCGUCACUAUGGAACCACCCAUUCUUCACCAUCAGCUGCAUCACACUCAUCGGCCUCUUCUUCGCUGGGAUUCACAAACGCGUCGUCGCGCCCUCUAUAAUAGCAGCUCGCUGCCGGACAGUGCUAGCUGAAUACAACAUGUCCUGUGAUGACACUGGGAAACUCAUCCUGAAACCGCGGCCUCACAUCCAAUAGCAACAGAGAUUCCACUCUGACGGGAGAAUUCCACCAAUCAGCAGCGCAGAUGGGCGGGACUACUGGCUCAGACAGAGGGAAGGGCGGAUUCCAGCGCCCUUAUGAACAGUUUGCACACAAGAGCUGCUGGGCUGGGCCCUUAAACCUGCAUGGGCUCAGGUGUGUGUGUGUGUGUGUGUGUGUGUGUGUGUGUGUGUGUGUUAGAGAGAGAGAGAGAGUGUGAGCGAGAGCGAGAGAGUGUGAGCGAGCAUAAGAGAGCAUGUAUGGAUGUGUGUGUGAGUACAUGUUUUAUUUUCAGUAUUUAGUAUAAUAAAACACAAAUAUUUGGA